ACAGAGGGAACGCGAUCCUCCUGUUGUCCAUCACUUCACCGCAGCAUCAGCCACUCAACACCCGCCGGUGGCCCAGCGCGGAGCGACCAAACCCGGAGAGCUAAACCCCCAAGAUGGCCCCGAUCUCCAUCCGAGCGGUGCUGAUCAGCGAGAGCGUGGACCCCCGGUGCAGGGCGAUCCUGGAGGAAAACGGCAUCCGAGUGACCGAGAAGACCAGCAUGAAGAAGGAUGAGCUGAUAGCAGAGAUUAAGGACUAUGAUGGCCUUGUGGUUAGAUCAGCAACCAAAGUAACAGCUGACGUUAUCAAUGCUGCUAAUAACCUCAAAAUAAUUGGCAGAGCUGGGACCGGCGUAGACAACGUGGAUGUUGAUGCUGCCACCAAAAAGGGCAUCAUUGUCAUGAACACACCCAGUGGUAACACAAUCAGCGCUGCAGAGCUCACAUGUGCCCUGCUCAUGAGCCUUUCAAGAAAUGUGCCUCAAGCCGCAAUGUCGAUGAAGCAAGGAAACUGGGAUCGCAAAAAGUUCAUGGGUGCAGAGCUGUUCGGCAAAGUGCUCGGAAUAGUUGGACUUGGCAGAAUAGGAAAAGAAGUCGCCUCAAGAAUGCAGUCAUUUGGCAUGAAGACUAUCGGCUACGAUCCAAUCACUCCACCUGAGGUGUCGGCCAGCUGGGGGGUGGAGCAGAUGUCUCUGGAGCAGCUUUGGCCCCAAUGUGACUACAUCACUGUUCACACUCCACUGAUGCCCUCUACUGUUGGUCUGCUGAAUGAUGAAACGUUUGCCAAGUGCAAGAAAGGAGUGAAGGUUGUGAACUGUGCGAGAGGAGGCAUCAUUGACGAAGCCGCUCUCCUCAGAGCUCUGGAGUCCGGACAGUGUGGAGGAGCAGGACUGGAUGUCUUUGUUGAGGAGCCACCUAAGGACCGCUCACUGGUGGAUCAUCCUAAUGUCAUCAGCUGUCCUCACCUGGGCGCCAGUACGAAGGAGGCUCAGGCUCGCUGUGGGGAGGACAUCGCUCUGCAGAUCGUGGACAUGGUGAAGGGAAAGAAGCUGGUUGGAGCAGUAAAUGCACAAGUUUUGGCCAGCACCUUCUCCCAGGAAUCUCACCAACUGAUCAAGCUCGGAGAAGCGGUCGGCGCUGUGCUGCGGUCAUGCAGUGCUUCUAAGAAACCAUUCAGUCGUGUUCAGAUCGCUACCAAAGGGGAUUGUAUGGAGUCCUGCACUGGUUACAUGACUUCAGCUGUACUGGUCGGUCUCCUCAGUCAGGAUUCUGGAUGUUGCCUAAACUUCAUCAAUGUCCUGAACUUAGCCAAGGACACUGGAAUCAUGGUAAACCAAGCCCACUAUGUGUCUGACGGGGCGGCUGAAGGUGUGUGUAAAGUGGAGCUCGUGGCCGACGGCUGCAGCUUUAAAGCCAGCGGUUCGGUUCAUGGCGGCAUUCCGGUUCUGCUGGAGCUGAGUGACAGCGUGUACAGACAACCCGUCGCUCUCACCGGAAACCUGCUGUUCUUCAAAGCCUCUGCCAGUCCUCAGCUCCUGUCCUCAGUGGCUGGACUGUUGGCCGCAGAGGGAGUGCAGAUCCAGUCCUUCAGUGCUCCUGCAGACGGUACUGGCGAUCUGUGGUUUUGCGUCGGGGUGUCGUCUCUCCUGCGAGAUCUCAGUGCCUUGAAGCCUUUGGUCAAAGACGCGGCGCAGCUCAGCAUUUAAGCAACAGUAGCCACGGGUCCUGGAAUAACAUUCAGUAUCUGAAAACCUUAACAAGAGUGUCUAAUGUAACUGAUGCGUCUUGGUCUUUGUGUUUACAGCUAACAACUUGUUUAGAAGUUGAAAACUUGAACUUUAAAACUGGCAUUUUGAUAACAUUCCAGCAUGUAGAGCUUUGUUUUAUGAGCCUGUUGUAGUAAAAAAACUGAAAAAAAUAUUUAAUUGUCAACACUCCAACUCCUUAAAUUUUAAAGGGGCUAUGCUACACUGCUGGUCUAUUAAACAAACCUGUACACCUUAAUGCAGUUCUAUACAACAGCUCUGCAGGAUGACUACUAUUUUGUACUUUUACAAUGUUGACCUGGUUUGUCUCAUGAGAUUCAUGUGGUUCAUUUAACUCACAGGUUCUAAUUUUUCAUCAGAUUAUUUUGCACAGGGAACAUAAUGAGCAUUCCAGUGUAAAUGACAAAUAACUACUUAUCAGAUUGAAUUUACUACUUAACAAAAACAACUAAUCAGUAUUAAGUUGCAAGACUUUAGGUAAGUCAGGUGUUAAGAUUACAACAGACCCAUUGAAUUUAGAAUUCAUUACUGAUAUUUUGUGCAUUUAGUGUUUGUUUUUUUUAACCAGUUUAGGUCCUCUUAUUUCUCUGCUGUCUGUCUGAAUUUCGUGAAAAUGUCCCCUAAGUGUAACUCAGUUUGCGUAGCGACAUAGAAACUUUCAAAGAUCAUCACUGGAAACAUCAAUAAACAAAGUGAGACAAUCAAAA